CGACUUUGCGUUAAUCUGGUAUUUCCUUACUACUAUAUUGAAGUUUUUGUAGACGUGGUUUUCGAGUUUUAGAAGUUUGCUUCCGCUAAUAAAUUAUUAUAAAGUGUUAUAAAAUGUCUUCAUCAGGUAAAAAAGGAAAAAAGAAGGGCACUGUUAUAUCUCUUCAAUCAUUUUUAUCAAAUGGUGACGCUCCGGUCGGUACGACGCAAGUAGCGAAGAAGAUCCGGAACUUCGAUGCAGAAGAUAGUGACGACGGCACAACUGCUUUACCACUAGUUUAUCAACUUCCGACAGCCCCAAGAGCAAGUCGGAUUUUUGACGAUGGCGCUAUCCCGCACAAACCGCCAUAUAUAGCAUAUCUAACAAAUUUGCCAUUCGAUAUAAGUGAGGAUGAUAUAUAUGAGUAUCUAAAUUCGUAUACCAUAUUGUCCGUACGGUUGCCUCGUGAGGACAGUGAAUCCGGACGAGUAAGAGGAUUUGGCUACGUCGAACUAGAAACAAGAGAUGAUUUAAUUCAAGUUUUAAGUUUGCCUGACCCUUCCAUAAAAGGGCGUCGAGUGCGAAUAGAUUUGUCUAAUGAAACUGAGCAACACAACAAAGGACCGAAAGGAAGCAGGCGUGGCUUUGAUAACAGCGGUCAUUACGCGGAAAGUAAGGAAUCUAAUAACUGGAGAAGAGAUAAUAACGAUUCUAAUAAUCUUAGUAAUAAUUUCGACCGGAGUUUUAAAGAUAAAAAACUUAAUGCAGACAUUAAUAAUCCCGGCUCAUGGAGAGCAGGCAACCGUUCCAAUAUUCCAGACGUUUCACCGAAAAGACAAUCCUCCAAAGCCUUAUCGUUAAUGGAAGAAUCUGUGCAAGAAAGACCAAAAUUAAAUUUGAAACCGCGUACACUGCCUCUUCCAGAAAUUGUGGCGCAGCCAGACGCUGAAUUCGAGCUAAAGCCUUCAAACAAAUCCGAAAAUUUUAUCAAACCAUGCGGAGUAUCUUCUGAAAAAGUUUUCGGUUCAGCGAAACCUGUUGAUACCACGGCAAGAGAUAUGGAAAUUGAGGAACGGUUAGCAGAAUACAGAAAAAAAGAAAUUUUGCAACACGAUGCUGACGUAUGCGAAAAGAUAAAGGAACUCAAACUUGAAAAGCUUGAUAAGGAAAAUUCUAACUCGGAGACUAAUUGGCGCCAUAAAGGAGAUACAAAUAGGAAUGUCGACAAUAAAGACAACCGAAGAGAAUACAGGGAAUCAAACAAUUACAAUAAGGGAAAUGGAAAAAUUGAAAGGUCGGAAAUGAAGAAAGGAACAAAGGUUGCUAAGAAUCAAGCUCGCGAUGGAAAACAGAAAGAUGAGAGCAGAAAUAAACGUGAGCUUAAGACAGAUCGUCCUCUUCCCAAGCACGCAUUAAAUCAAUCUGGACCAAUACUACAAUCGUCGAACAUGUACUCAGGACUUGAUGAGGAAACAUCGGAAUGAAGAAAUAAUUUAAAUCUUAAAAACUAACUUUUGAUGAUUC